AUGCAACACAACCGUUGUUACGUACGUUACGUCGACCCUCCACUUCAGGCUGCGCUGCGUGGCGGUGCAGUGCCUCCCCCCCUAUCCUCGGCCGAUCGCCCCCGCUCCCGCUCGAGCGGGCCCGCGCCAUGGCUCUCUGGCGCACCGCGGCCGGCGUCGCCCUGGGCCUCCUCGGCCUCCCCGGCGCGGCCGGCCUGAAGUCCAGCCCGGCGGGCGAGGACGGCUGGCCCUGGAGCCGCCGGGCGCAGGCCGAGACGGUGACGCACCGCACCAGCGCGCUGAGGGUGCACGUCACCUCCAUCGGCGGCGUGGGCACCACAGGAAUCAUGGAGGAGAUGAAGCAGAUGAGCCCCCGGAUCGUUACCAACGACCCCAUCGACAACGAUCAGAUCAAGCAUGUGCCGUACAGCAAGCUCAUCGGAAUGGCCGGCUUCAAGCGCGAGAGGCCCCAGAAGGUUUUGUAUUUGUACGGCGACCCCACCCGCGCGAUCAUGUCUUUGGACAGGAGAGGCUGGUUCAUGAUCCAGGCCAGGAAGACUCGCAGCGACCCGUUCCCUCACCCAUUCCCGAAGAACCUGAAGCAGUACGUCGACGACGUGCAGGAGGACUUCUUCCAGUUCGAGAAGCACUUCGACUCGUACUACCAGCAGUGCGAUAUGCCUGUAGCCUUCCUGCGCGCCACCGAGAAGACGGACCACAUCAGCGAGCUGGCCGAAUUCCUGGAGGUAAACUCCACCGAGGCUCGCCGUGUGCUGCAGCCGUGGAAGCCUGCCGCGAGCGCCUUGCAGUUGGAGGAAGAGGUGGUGCCCCUCGAGUUCAACCCGGACGUCCUCCCAAGCAACAACACGUACUCCGACGUGUCGCCAGAGACUAAGGCAAAGCUCAAGGCCAAGUUGUCGAGCUUGAUGAAGAAGUACGACUCGCUCCCCGGCUUCAAGGCGAUCGUACCAGGCAAGGAUUGCAAGAAGACGGAGUAG